AUGUCUUCGCUACCCUCUCCCCGUAGUCCUCCUGCUAACAUCAGCUAUUUGCGUCGACACAGAUUCCAGCCUCGCGCAUCCGGCCCCGCAUCUCGUCGCCGCAGAAAGCUUCUUGUUCGCGUCGGCAUUGCAGCUGUCGUUGUCACAGCACUCUGUCUAUUCUUUGGACCUUCCGUAUCGAUCGCGUCCGUCCUCUCGCUCGGCUUCCUGGGCGGCGACCCUGACUUCGACCUCGAAACCGUACGAUACUAUGACUUGAACAAUGUCGGUGGCACCGCUCGGGGAUGGGAGCGUGAAGAGCGCAUCCUCCUCUGCGUUCCUCUUCGUGAUGCCUCGGCACAUCUGCCCAUGUUCUUCUCGCAUCUGCGUAACUUUACUUACCCGCACAACCUAAUUGACCUGGCUUUCCUGGUCUCCGACUCCAAGGACAAUACUCUCCAGCUUCUGGUUGACAACAUGAAUACAAUUCAGAAUGACGAAGACCCCAGACAGCCAUACGGAGAGAUUUCCAUCAUUGAGAAGGACUUUGGCCAAAAGGUCAACCAGGAUGUCGAAAGUCGUCACGGUUUCGCCGCCCAGGCUAGCCGUCGAAAGCUCAUGGCCCAGGCCAGAAACUGGCUUCUGAGUGCCGCCCUGCGCCCCUACCACUCGUGGGUCUACUGGCGUGAUGUCGAUGUCGAGACCGCCCCGUUCACCAUUCUGGAGGACCUAAUGCGCCACAACAAGGAUGUUAUUGUGCCCAACGUCUGGCGACCUCUACCCGACUGGCUUGGCGGCGAACAGCCCUACGAUUUAAACUCUUGGCAAGAGUCAGAGACAGCCCUUGCUCUAGCUGAUACUUUGGACGAGGACGCCGUCAUUGUCGAGGGAUAUGCCGAAUAUGCUACAUGGCGGCCCCACCUUGCCUACCUCCGUGAUCCCUAUGGUGACCCCGACAUGGAGAUGGAAAUUGACGGUGUUGGUGGUGUCAGCAUCUUGGCCAAGGCCAAGGUCUUCCGUAGCGGUGUUCAUUUCCCAGCCUUCAGCUUUGAGAAGCACGCAGAGACUGAAGGAUUCGGCAAGAUGGCUAGAAAAAUGAAAUUUUCGGUGGUUGGACUUCCUCAUUACACCAUUUGGCAUCUUUACGAGCCUAGUGUGGACGAUAUUAAGCACAUGGAGGAAAUGGAGGCCGAGCGAAAACUCAAAGAAAAAGAGGAGGAAGAGAAAAGACUCAAGGAGCAGACGCUCAAGGAGACGUUUGGCGACAGCCAGAGCGAGUGGGAACAAGACAAGGCCCAAAUGCAAAGCCUCGAGUCUCAGCGCAAGGCUGGCCAGGCAGCGGAAGAGCCCAAGGGCGCCGCUGCCAAGGCUGCAGACGCCGCUGGCGGCAAAUAA